UCCCAUAAAGCAGUGCGAGGACGGUGGCCCUCCACCGGAAGUUCUGAAAGCUACCUCCAGAGCCGGGAGCAGUGGGAGCUGAGUUUGCCCACGGAGUUCUGCAUCGCGGUCGCGGUUUCUCUGGUCACACUUGGAAAUGUCAUACACAAAAGGAAAUCCAAAGCGGGAAAUCAUUUCUGAACUCCACUGUUCCGCUGCAGAAGGAGAUGUUGCCCGGUUGGCAGGGAUACUCAGCCAUUCCCCAUCCCUGCUCAACGCAGCCUCUGAAAAUGGCUGGACCGCCUUAAUGUAUGCCGCACGGAAUGGGCAUCCUGAUGUUGUCCAGCUUCUGCUUGACAAAGGAUGUGACAGGUCACUUGUCAAUAAAUCACGGCAAACUGCACUGGAUAUUGCUGUGUUUUGGGGUUAUAAGCACAUAGCUAACAUGUUAGCUAAUGCAAAAGGUGGGCAGAAGCCUUGGUUCCUAAGCAGUGAAGUAGACGAAUGUGAAAAUUAUUUUAGCAGAACACUGCUGGACCGGAGGAGUGACAAAAGAAAUAAUUGUGACUGGCUGCAAGCUAAAGAGAGCCACCCGGCCACAGUUUAUAUCCUUUUCUCGGACUUAAACCCCCUGGUUACUCUAGGUGGUAGCAAAGAGAGCUCACAGCAGCCGGAGGUCAGGCUCUGCCAGCUGAACCAUGCAGAUGUAAAGGACUACUUGGCGCACCCCGAGAGCAUCACCUUGGUGUUCCUUGGAGUAGAACUCGAGAUGAGAAAGGGGUGGCAUGGUAACGCGGAAGGAGCCCCAGUGGAAGACGAGGAUGGUCUGGUUGCUUGGUUUGCUCUCGGCAUCGAACCUGUCGCCGCCGAAGAGUUUAAGCAAAGACAUGAAAACUGUUAUUUUCUUCACCCUCCGAUGCCAGCUCUUUUGCAGUUGAAAGAAAAAGAAGCCGGGGUCGUAGCUCAAGCAAGAUCUGUUCUCGCAUGGCAUAGUCGAUACAAGUUCUGCCCAACCUGUGGCAGCACAACUAAAAUCGAAGAAGGUGGCUAUAAAAGAGUGUGCUUAAAAGAAAACUGUCCAAGUCUCCAUGGCGUCCACAAUACAUCUUAUCCAAGAGUUGAUCCAGUAGUGAUCAUGCAGGUUAUCCACCCAGAUGGAACCAAAUGCCUUUUAGGCAGGCAAAAGCGAUUUCCCCCAGGCAUGUUUACUUGUCUCGCUGGAUUUAUUGAGCCUGGGGAGACAAUAGAAGAUGCUGUGCGGAGAGAAGUAGAAGAGGAAAGCGGAGUCAAGGUUGGCCAUGUUCAGUAUGUCUCUUGUCAGCCAUGGCCAAUGCCCUCCUCCUUAAUGAUUGGCUGCUUAGCUGUGGCAGUGUCCACAGAAAUUAAAGUUGACAAGAAUGAAAUUGAGGAUGCCCGAUGGUUCACUAGAGAACAGGUUGUGGAUGUUCUUACCAAGGGGAAGCAGCAAGCCUUCUUUGUACCGCCAAGCCGAGCUAUUGCACAUCAGUUAAUCAAGCACUGGGUCAGAAUGAACCCCAAUCUCUAAGUGAAAAAUACUAGCAUCUGUCGGAGUAAUAUUUAAUUUUUAAUACUACUUAUUUCACAAAUAAGAUUAGAUACAUUAUUGAUCUUUAAAUCCCAUAACAUAAAAUUUGGGAGCCUCAAAAAUUUUAUAAGUGUUCUUUCCAUUAUUAACUACAAAAUUCAUAGUUUUGUAAAUUAGAAUGGUGCCUCAGCCUGUAAACAUUAUUGUUGUCCUUCACAAUUUUAUCUCAUAAAACUAACUGUAUUUCUACAAAGAGAGAUCGUGCUGGAAUGAAGUGCACUCUGGAAAUGGGAUGAACAUGAAUCCACCUCUUGCAAAGACUAGAUUCCUUGCUGGAGGAAUGCAUCAAAAUAACUUUAAUGAAUUUUGAGCUUCCGUGUGUACUUGGUCAUCUCAUUACAUUCUCUUAGCCUAUUGUCCUAGUGAUAGCACUGUUAUAGUGUUACUUCUGGUUUAAACUGACUAGUGUUAAGAAUGAUUUUAUUUUAGCAAUUUACCCAUUACUGGCCUCAGAAUACAACAGUCAUGGGUAGAGAACACAUGCACACCAAUAAUCUGGAGACCUCACUGUUAAAUCCAAGCUAACUACUACAUAUGUCUGUUUUACUUCUACUUAAAGUUGUUAUUAUUUCAAGUGAAGAUUCUCCAAUUUUCCACUGGACUUUAACAGUUUGGAAAGGAAUUCUUGAAGGUCGGAAACUAAAUCUCAACUAUAUUUACAUAUUUAAUAAAGCACCGUCUUUAUUUAAUUUUGUGAUGAGGGAUGUAUUAUAUACUUCUUUUGGAUAUUCAUAUAUAUGUAUAUAUAUGUGUAUAUAUAAUAAUAAUUCCCAUCAGUAUUCAUUACACUGAAAUAUGAUAUCUUGGCUUUGACCUUAUUUCAUCACAUCCUAAGCACCCUUAUUUAGUGUACUUUAGAAUUGAAUUGCUGAGAUCCUAGAGAAAGUAACUGCAAUAUUUCACAGUUUUACAACAGACAUGUAUGUUUUACUUGGCUGUUCUGCAGUUGUUUUAACUAUAUAAAUGUACACAUUUGACCUCUUUGCUAUUCUGUUCAAACUUAAAGAGACCUUAGGCACGAUAAAUAUUGGACAUAAUGAAUGUAACAAUUUGUUGCAUGCAACUAAGAAUUAGAUUUUCCCUGUAAUAGGAAACAGAAGCUACUACCAAAGACACGUAUGGAAUAGGAGCCUAGAAAAAUGGCUCAGUCAUUAAAGUGUUUGCUGUGCGAACAUGAGGGCUUAAGUUUGGCUCCUCUGCACCCAUUUAAGGAGUAGGGUUCAGAGACAUAAAUAUCUAACCCCAGAUUUAAGGAAGCAGAGAAAUGAGUAUCCUGGGGAUUUGUCUAGCGAGUCUAAUGAAUCAGUAAGCUCAAGAGAGACUGUCUCAAAACACAAGGUGAAAGGCUGGAGAUGGCUCAGUGGUGGGAACAUUUUCUGUUCACUCUUGGGAAGGAUCAGUUUGGUUCCCAAGGUUCCCAGCUGCCUGCACCUACAGCUCCAUGGCAUCCAAGACCGUUUUCUGGCCUCCUCAGUCACCAACAUGCAUGUUUACAUAAGGCACAGACACAUAGAGAGAGUGACUGAAGAAGAGACCUGAUUUCCACCUCUGCGUGCCCCCCACACACAGGGAAUAGGUUAAAAGGGGUGAUGAUUGGAAGAAUCAAAUUGCCAAUUCAAAUGUCAAUUCAAACUUACAUUUUUUUAAACCUAAAUAACACUUUCUCUGAGAAUGUAUUUCACUAAGGAAUACAACUAGCUAGUUAAUUAAAGCUUCUUAGAAUUAGAACCAUAGAUCAAAUGAAAUCCCAUGUAGGCCAUUUAUAUACAUGGUAAGUUGGAGUUAUAUAACUAUACUAAAAUAAUAUACUUGAUUAUUAUGAAAUAUGAUCAACUGAAGUUUUUGUUCCAAAUGUGCUUCUUAAUACCUGUAGACUCCAACAUCCUUAAUGUUAAAAAGCAAAGUAAAAUGAGGAUGUCAAAACAUAUAGACUUAGUUUCCAGUUCCUUCUGUAUUUGAGGAAAAUCAGUGAGUAAAUUGCUGUUUUAAUAAUCAUUCCUAAAUUGUGACCUUGAAGAGAUGAGGAGAAAUGUAAGUAGCAAAGACUGCUAUCUUUUUUUUUUUUUUUUUUUUUUGGUUUUACGAGACAGGGUUUCUCUGUAUUGUUGUUUUGGAGGCUGUUGGUCCAGCCCGGCCUCGAACUCACAGAGAUCCGCCUGCCUCUGCCUCCCGAGUGCUGGGAUUAAAGGCAUGCGCCACCACCGCCCGGCAAUGACUGCUAUCUUAACCAGUUCUAGAGGGACGAGUGUCACCCAGGUAUUCCCAUGGAAAUCAGUGUAACACUGCAUUACAAUAUAUUCUGUUUGUUUAUUGUGUUUUUAAUGUUUUCAUAUGUUUCUUUGACACAAAAAGAAGUUUUAGCCUUCAUCAUGUACCUGGAAGCUUGUAUUUUCCUUUCCUUUUAUUUUUCUUUUGCUUUGUUUUGUUUGUUUUUGAGCUGCAAUCUCAUUGUACCCAAGAAAGACUCAAAAUGACAAUCUUCAUGCUUCAGCCUCUAAAGUUCUUGGAUUACAAGUGUGUCCAACCUUACCUGAUGAAAGAAUUCAAGUUUAGAUUUGGUGAAGGGGUGUUGUCCAGUGGCCAUAUACUUGUGUAAGACCUCCAAGGCACUAGGUUUGAACCCAGGCAUUUAAAAAAGAGUCUACUUAAAUUUUGAGUUUUGCAGUUUGUUGUAAAAUGUAGCAACAUUGGGCUUGUGUAUACUUUAUGUCAUUAAUAAUUAAAAUCAGUCUAUCUUAA